CUGCGUUAUCUCCAAAAAUAUUGAUCCAGGAAAGAAAGUUCCAGUUUUAAAGUUGUUUCAAGGCGUUCGUUUCGUAUUUCAUUCUACAAUAUGAAAUUACCUAUUUAACUUCUCGAAUAGUUUACUUUUAGUGUUUUAAUAGCUUUUAAAAAAAUUAAAAUGCCUCAAAACAUCCAUAUCAAUAGAGUACCUUCGGAAGAAGAACCUAAGCUGGAAAACGGCGCUAUUCCUCAACCUAAAGUGACCAAUGACGCUAAUCCUCGAAUCUGUUAUAAUCCUAACGAUAUCCAUUUGCAAGUACAAGAACGAAAAACAUCACGUCGUGUCAAAGUAGCUGUGCUUUUUUGCCUCCUCAUCGCAGCGUAUGUGUUACUCAAUAGACGUUCGUGCGAUCGUUAUUUCUCCAAGGAGGAUUUAAUCGAUAUGCAGUUUCCUUCGGAAUGGAAUAAGGUGCAUUCGUGGAAUGAUUUAUUAUUCAGUCAGUUUAGGAAUAAGUAUGGCUGGAUGAUUAAUAAUAUUUGGACCGUUGAAAGUACCGAUUCCAAAUCACCUAAGCAGCAUUGCAGAAUACCCUUAAUUUUUCGAAAAGCCGAGUCAAUCGUGUAUCAUAAUUCGAAAAUUCGAAACAGAAUGAUCAGUCGCUGGCCACCGGAUUACAACAAGCAGUACACGUAUGGGCACACUUGUGCCACUCAAAUCGAGCCUUUAGACAGCGAAUACAAAUUUUUAAACCAAGGAGCCGAAUGGCACGAUUAUUAUAAUAUUAACGAAACGUUGGGCAAAUGCCACAUAGUUCCAAGUGACUCGAAAAUGUACAAUUAUACUCAAGUGCACGAUUGUUUUAUGAAACGUUUCAACGUUGAGAUAAAAAUUGGAUGCAGAAAUGAAACGAUAUCAACUAGACACACGUUGUACGAAUUUGGAUUUUGUUUCGAUCAGAGUCUGAAUUUGAAAAAUUGUACAAAUGUGGGUGAUUCGUAUCUAGGAUUUCAGUAUUGUGGAGAAGAAUUCACCUAUCCUAUCACGUUCCCGUUUUAAUAUGGGGAGCCCAUUCAAUACCAUUAAGAAGACUGAUUAGGUAUAGAUUUUCAUUUUUAAAGCUUUCAAAUUAUACGAAUAUUGCCGAAUAAUAACGAACGAAUGCGGGGAAUUAAUUCAACGCGGAGUUAUUGUCAUAAUCGAACGACAGUGCAGAAAAAAGAACUGUGAUACUAAACUGAAAAAACUCGAGCACUAAAUAAUAUUUCCAAAAAUACCUAACUUACCUACCUAAAAAAUUUCAAGAUGCAAAAUCGGAAGACUGUUUGUGGAAAUAUUUGCGAAAGUGUUCGUAGAAGAUGGAUGUUUCUUUUGGGAAUAUUUUGUAUUCGUCCAGAUCUAGAAAUCAGCCACCAUCGAAUAAAACCUUCGGUUACCUGCUGCUCUCUUUGUCCUGGCCAAUUUCAUUUUGCAGAUCACUCGCUGAAAAAGGUACAAGUGGUACUGAGACAGUGAAACAUCGACCUUGUAAAUAAUAUCGAUGUCUCCUCUAAGCUGUAAGGUCGAUGAACUGAGACGUGUGUUUUACCAAAAAAUGGAAAUUUUUGCUACUUUUUUGUGUUUAAUUUUGCCUAACCUGCAAAAUAAUGCCUCGAAAUGAAUUCUACGAUAAAUUUAGACUGAGGAAGUGAGGAAACGUUUUCGCAUCCUACUGUGUUCAAUAACGACAAAAUCAUCAAGUGAAAUAGGUACCUACCAAAAAAAUAUCUCCUGGUUGACGGUUUUUUAAUCGAAUUUUGAGAAAGAUGUUUUGGUAAAGCUCGUUUUGUUCAAUUUCUUCGAAAAUAUGAAUUCGGAUUAUUCCGAUAGCUGUAGUGCUCCGAGUGCGAAAAUUGCAAUUAUUGUUUAGAAGACGAUCCAACGCAAUUGUAAUUUUUUUAUUUUUUUGGAUGUUAAUUUACUUAAUUAUACUGUACUCGAAAAAUAAAAUAUUCAAUGAUUUAUUA